CUGAAGUGAGUUACCCGGAAUCACGUUGAUUUUUGUUAGUAAACAGAUAUUUGUAAACAUAAGGAAGACAACGGGCAAAACAGAAUUUGAAAUCGAACUAAAUCUGAAUUUGAACUAAAAUUAGCCUACAAUUAAUAAACUUAUUCAAAAAACUCAAAGCUUUGGCAAUUGUUUGUCUGAUGUAAUAUAACUUGCACUUAAUUAUCUUUCUCACGACCAACCUAGAGAUAACCACUUCAUCAAUCUCGUGAUCUAAAUUGUGAUAAUUUUUUUCUUUUUACACAUUUUAUCUCACAUCAUAAAUGGAAUAACCAAACCUAAUUCUCUGAGAAAAAAUUAUUAUUUUUGAAAAACUAGUAACAAUAGAUGUACGCUAUGUUUCAGAAAACUCUAUUCAUUAUUUUACCUAUACUUCUUAAAUUCAGUUGCAUAGAAGCUAUUAAGAGCAUUGAUUUUGUAAAAAAUGACCAAAAUGCGAAUGGAUUAGUGCCUAUUGUUUUGUGGCAUGGUAUGGGUGAUAGCUGCUGUAAUCCCAUGAGCAUGGGCAGCAUACAGAAAUUCCUUCAGCAAAGCAUCCCAGGUGUCUAUGUGAAAUCGUUAGAAAUAGGUUCUAAUGAACUUACAGAUAUGGAAAAUAGCUAUUUAAUGAGUGUUAAUGAUCAAGUUGCUAUGGCAUGUCGAAUCAUUGCAAAUGACAGCAGUUUGAAAGAUGGCUACAAUGCUAUUGGCUUUUCCCAAGGAGGUCAGUUUUUGAGAGCUGUAGCACAGCGUUGUCCCAAUCCCCCAAUGAAAAAUCUUAUUUCAUUUGGUGGUCAACACCAAGGAGUAUAUGGAUUUCCUAGGUGUCCUGGAGAGAGCGCUAAAUUCUGCGACUAUGUCCGCAGGAUAUUAAAUGAAGGAGCCUAUGUGGAUUGGAUUCAGCGACAUUUGGCUCAGGCUCAGUAUUGGCAUGAUCCCCUGCAAGAGGCUAAAUAUAAAGCUAAAAGUUUGUUUUUAGCAGAAAUCAAUAAUGAAAAUGUGAAAAAUGAAACCUACAAAAACAACCUGAAAAAGCUUGAGAAUAUUGUACUUGUUAUGUUUACUGAAGAUAAAAUGGUAGAUCCCAAAGAAUCGGAGUGGUUUGGUUUUUAUACACCCGGGCAGUCGAAAGAAAUUCUUAGUUUGCAGGACAGUCCAUUGUAUAAGGAAGAUUGGUUGGGUUUGAAAGAGAUGGAUGGGAAAGGACAAUUACACUUUUUGAAAACUGUUGGUGAUCAUUUGCAAAUAGACUUAACAUGGUUUAAAACAAAUAUUAUUGAGAAAUUUCUUAAAUAAAAUACAUUUUCACGCUUCUUAGCAUAUGAUGCAGCUUAAUGUAAUUUAUAAUUAAUGUUUUGUUAUUAUCAUUUAAGCUUUUCAAAAGUAUUUUUAUUGAUUUCUUGUUAUAUUCAUAUAUUUGUAAUUUUUAUAUUCAUGUUUUUGUAAAUCUGUCAGCUUAUACUUUUUUGUCAAAAAAAAUUUUUUUUUUCUAUUUUUAAGGUAGUAACAUUUAUCUUUUCAUACAUGUAUCUUGUAUUUUAAAAUUUUUUAUCUACCUCAACGCAUUAAUAAUUCAAAUCUACUUCUAUAAGAUGCAUUAGUUUAGCAAAAUUAUUUUUAAAUGUUGCCAAAAUCCAUAAAAUAUGAUUCAAUUUUUUAAAAAUAUUGUAUUUAAUUUUUUGUUUUAUUCAUUUAUUUGAAAUUUUUAUAUUUAUGUUGGAGUAAAUCUGUGUAGCUGCCAGCUUGUAUUAUUGAAGAAGCUUUUUCUUGAUAAUAGCAUAUAUAAACAUGUUUCUAUGUAUCUUGUUGACAAAAUAAUAACUCAAUGACACUUGUAUAAUAUCUAUUCACCUGAUAGAUCUGCUUUUAAUUGAUAAAUGAAUUUUUUCUUUGAGAAUCAUAUUUUAUUACCGCUUUGUAAACUCUUCUGCAAUGGCCAUGCAAAUGUAUAGCUAUUUAGAAAUAAACUGAUGAAUGUGACGAAAA